AUGCAAGUGACGGUUGCCAGGAACGCGAAGACCCUGAGCCCAUCGCAUGUCAAGCAGUGCAUACUAGCAGAAUCGCGGUUUGAUUUCCUCAAGGAUUUGGUGAAGAAUAUACCAGAUGUAUCGGCAGCAGAGGAAAAGGAAAUGAUGAGUGCUGAAAGCUCGCCGAACUCGUCUAGAUUUUCAGAUGUGUCAGUCCCACCACGUAGGAUAGCCAGAGAGGACUCCAAUAGUUCUAGCAGUUCAGAUAUACGAGCCCAACAGGUUACACUAUCGAAAGACAUAAAGAAGAGAGAAUUUCCGACAGAGACUGAGGCAAUACGACCGCGUACUGAAACGAUUACGUCCCCAAAAGCCGCAGAUACAGCUAUAGAUUUAUCUAUAAAAUUAGAAGAAUCCAAACCGGUCCGAACGGCCAACUUCUACCAGGAAACCUUAGUGGACGAGGUCCAACAUCCGAGUGUCAUAACAGUUAAUCCAAUUUACUCGAGUCCACAACCAUCAACUUCGAGGUACAUAAAUUUAACGCCUGUUGAAGCGGUACAAAAAGUCGAAGUUACUGUACCAAAGCAGGAACAUAAGACUAAGUUCUACGUAGAUGUAAGGCAAAACAAUAGCACGCCAUCGCCCCGCACUCCAGUGACUCCGAUUUUAAAUAUAGACUUUUCGAAAAAUCUAGCAAAGCCCGAAAUCAAAGUUCUUGAUACGGCCGUCGUUAGUAUCGUGGGAGUGCCAAAAAACGAAAAGAAUUCCAAAUUGCAGAGGCAAAACUCUAGAGUUAAAGUGGAAACUAAAAAGAUUGAACCCAAACCCAUAGCUCAUGUGCAACCAAUCGACAUAGAUCAUUUAAAUUCCGGUAACUUACAAAUAGACGAAGACUAUGAUACCUGA